AACAGUAAACGCAGUAACUUAAAUUCAUAUUACUCAAAAUAUUUGUUAACUUGGUGAGGUCGAAUUUUUUUCAUAUCUAAAAAAAAACAUAAAUUUCGAUUCAAUUUUAUUUAUUUCAUAGUAGAAGAUAGUGAACGAGGUUCUUUACGAUGCUUAAUGGUAUCCAUAGACUCCCAUUAUCCAUAGUGUUCUUUGGACUAUUCAUUUCCUCACUAGUAUAUCUUCCCUCGGACUUCCUUUUUGACAUGAGACUCCGAAUGAUUCCUGGUACACCCCCUUAUAGUUUUUGGGCAGACUCCCCAGACAAUAUAAUAGCAAAAGUAUACAUCUUUAAUAUAACUAAUUCCGAAAGAUUUCUCGACGGUCGAGAUGAUUAUAUACAAUUGCAGGAAAUUGGUCCGAUUACUUAUAGGGAAAAGUUUACACAUAGCAACAUAGUGUUUAACGAAAAUAGCACCUUAACCUACACGAUUACCAGAAAUCUCAUUUACUUGCCAGAAAGAAACACUGUUGAUCUUAAUGAGACUAUUGUAGCGCCUAAUUUGGCAAUGUUGGUAAUGGCCUCUUAUUUCUCCGAAUCCUCCUUCUUCGUAAAAACCGGUGUAAAUUUCCUGCUACGCCAAUACGAAAGUAAACCUUUUGUAAACAUGACAAUUUACAAUUAUUUACAUAACGCCACUGAUCCGGUUUUAAAGGCCGCAAGAGCCCUGGCAAGCGGACUGGUUCCAUCUACGAACGUCGGAGUAUUAAGUCAAAUGUACAUGAAAAAUGAAUACAACAUAACCGUUUCGAUUGGAACGAAAUAUGGAAACGAUGAGUUCUUCGCGAUCCAGAAUAUUGAUGGUAUAGAGAGCGUGCCGACAUUCAAGAGGUGUAAACCAAAGUUCAAUAGAACUUCGGAAACUACUCUGUUUCCACAGUUUUUAAAAAAAGGCGGAAAAAUCAAUGCGUGGAAAGCGGUGCUUUGUAUGGCAGUGGAUGCGGUUUACGUUAGUGAGGCUAGUCGAUAUGGGAUGUCUGGAUACAAAUAUGAAAUUCCCCCAAGUACUUUUAAUAGAACAAAACCGGAUUAUGAGGAUUGUUAUAGGGGAAACCCGGUUUUGCCUAAUGGGUUGGCCGAUGUAUCCAGUUGUUACAGCAAUUAUCCUUUUGCUGCAAGUUUUCCUCAUUUUAUGGUCGCCGAACCGAUCGUGUUUAAUAAACUGAAGGGAUUGAGACCCGAAGAGGAGAAACAUAAGUCGUUUUUGUUACUGGAAAAGAUGUCUGGGAUUCCGAUGGGAGGCAGAGCCAUUUUCCAAAUAAAUGCAAUUUUUAAAGACAUGUCUGGCUUCAGUCCAGAAUUAAAACGAUUUAGCAACAUGUAUCUGCCAUUCGCCUACGUAGGAUACGAAGUCGAAGGCCUGCCGUGGCACAUCUACAGUUUUCUCUACAUUAUGACCCAAAUAGUGCCAAAUACACAAUUCUUUAUGUCGCUUAUUUUUAUGGCUUUGGGCAUUUAUUUUCUAUAUGUUUUUUAUAAAAGCAUAAGGAAACCGAAGGCUCUUAAAACCGUCUGUGAGAUAAAGGAUGAAAAUGAGAAGUUUAUUAAAAUUUAACAGCAGCAGAAAAAAAA